AUGAGCCGCCUGCUCUGGAAGAAAGUGGCCGGGCCCGCCGCCGUCGCCCCGCCCCCCCGGCCCGCCAGCUGGGCCUGGGCGCAGGGCUGGACGCGCUACGGCCCCGCGGGGGAGGCCGAACCCGUGGCCACCCCCGAGGAGCGGGCCCUGGUGUUCGACGUGGAGGUCUGCUUGGCAGAGGGAACUUGCCCCACGCUGGCGGUGGCCAUGUCCCCCUCGGCCUGGUAUUCCUGGUGCAGCCAGCGGCUGGUGGAAGAGCGUUACUCUUGGACCAGCCAGCUGUCGCCGGCUGACCUCAUUCCCCUGGAGUUCCCUGCCAGUGCUGGCGGCCCCUCCCAGCGAGACGGGCAGGAGCAGUUAGUGGUAGGGCACAACGUUUCCUUUGACCGGGCCCACAUCAGGGAGCAGUACCUGAUCCAGGGCUCCCGCAUGCGCUUCCUGGACACCAUGAGCAUGCACAUGGCCAUCUCGGGGCUGAGCAGCUUCCAGCGCAGCCUGUGGAUGGCAGCCAAGCAGGGCAAGCACAAGGCCCGGCAAGGCACACAGCGAGGCCAGAAGCCCCCGAGCAAAGCCAGCGGCCCGGCGAUCUCAUCCUGGGACUGGCUGGACAUCAGCAGUGUCAACAACCUGGCAGACGUGCACAGCCUGUAUGUGGGGGGACCUCCCCUACAGAAGGAGCCUCGAGAGCUGUUUGUCAAGGGCAGCAUGAAGGACGUCCGGGAGAAUUUCCAGGACCUGAUGCAGUACUGUGCCCAGGACGUGUGGGCCACCUAUGAGGUCUUCCAGCAGCAGCUGCCACUCUUCCUGGAGAGGUGUCCCCACCCUGUGACUCUGGCCGGCAUGCUGGAGAUGGGUGUCUCCUACCUGCCCGUCAACCAGAACUGGGAGCGCUACCUGGCGGAGGCGCAGAGCACCUAUGAGGAGCUCCAGCGGGAGAUGAAAAAGUCGCUGAUGGACCUGGCCAACGACGCCUGCCAGCUUCUUUCCGGGGAGAGGUACAAAGACGACCCCUGGCUCUGGGACCUGGAGUGGGAUCUGCAAGAGUUUAAGCAGAAGAAAGCUAAGAAAGUGCCAAGGAGGGAGCCAGCCGCCAGCAGCGUGCCCACCGAGGGUGCAGGGGCCCCCGGACAGCCCCAGGAUCAGGAAGACCCCGGCCCCCCCAGUGAGGAGGAAGAGUUUCACCAAGCGAUCACGGCUCGCAUCUGCUUGGAGCAGCUGAAGGGGACCACAGAGCUCCUGCCCAAGCGGCCCCAGCACCUUCCUGGACACCCUGGGUGGUACCGGAAACUCUGUCCUCGACUCGAUGACCCUGCGUGGGCCCCGGGCCCCAGCCUCCUCAGCCUGCAGAUGCGGGUCACACCCAAACUCAUGGCGCUGACCUGGGACGGCUUCCCCCUGCACUUCUCAGAGCGGCAUGGCUGGGGAUACCUGGUGCCCGGGCGGCGGGACAACCUGGCCAAUGUGCCAGCAUCGGCUGGGGUGACCUGCCCCUACAGAGCCAUCGAGACCCUGUAUAGGACACACUGCGUCAAGCAGGGAAAGCAGCAGCUGGAGCCGCAGGAGGCGCGCCUGGCCGAGGAGUUCCUGCUCACCGAGAGCAGCACCGAGUGGCAGAUGGUGGAAGAGCUGGGCUGCCUGGAGGUGCAGGACGAGGCCAAGGCAGAGAACUGGGAAGCAGCGGCUCCGGGUGGACCCGCAGCUCUGACUGGUGCUCAUGGCCCAAAAGCUAGCCAGCCCGCCUAUCACCACGGCAACGGACCCUACCAUGACGUGGACAUCCCCGGCUGCUGGUUCUUCAAGCUGCCUCACAAGGAUGGUAACAGCUGCAAUGUGGGCAGCCCCUUUGCCAAGGACUUCCUGCCCAAGAUGGAAGACGGCACGCUGCAGGCGGGCCCCGGAGGUGCCAGCGGGCCCCGUGCCUUGGAAAUCAACAAAAUGAUUUCUUUCUGGAGGAAUGCCCAUAAGCGGAUCAGCUCCCAGAUGGUGGUGUGGCUGCCCAGGUCAGCUCUGCCCCGUGCUGUGACCAGGCACCCGGAUUACGAUGAAGAAGGUUGCUAUGGGGCCAUCCUGCCGCAGGUGGUGACCGCCGGCACCAUCACCCGCCGGGCUGUGGAGCCCACGUGGCUCACUGCCAGCAACGCCCGGCCCGACCGAGUAGGCAGCGAGUUGAAGGCCAUGGUGCAGGCCCCACCCGGCUACGUGCUGGUGGGUGCGGACGUGGACUCGCAGGAGCUGUGGAUCGCGGCGGUGCUGGGAGAUGCUCACUUUGCUGGCAUGCACGGCUGCACGGCCUUCGGGUGGAUGACGCUGCAGGGCCGGAAGAGCAGGGGCACCGACCUGCACAGUAAGACUGCUUCCACGGUGGGCAUCAGCCGCGAGCACGCCAAGGUCUUCAACUAUGGCCGCAUCUACGGGGCAGGGCAGCCCUUCGCCGAGCGCCUGCUUAUGCAGUUCAACCACCGGCUCACGGGCCAGGAGGCAGCCGAGAAGGCCCAGCAGAUGUACGCCAUCACUAAGGGCCUGCGCAGGUAUCGGCUGUCAGAUGAGGGCGAGUGGCUGGUGAGGCAGCUGCACAUCCCCGUGGAGAGGACCGAGGACGGCUGCGUUUCCCUGCAGGACCUGCGCAAGAUCCAGAGGGAAGCGUCUAGAAAGUCCCGCAGGAAGAAGUGGGAUGUGGUCGCCGGACGCGCAUGGACGGGGGGCACAGAGUCGGAAAUGUUCAACAAGUUGGAGAGCAUUGCCACGGCCGACGAGCCCCGGACCCCGGUGCUGGGCUGCCGCGUCAGCCGAGCCCUGGAGCCAGCGGUGGCUCGGGGGGAGUUCAUGACCAGCCGUGUGAACUGGGUGGUGCAGAGCUCAGCUGUGGACUACCUGCACCUCAUGCUCGUGGCCAUGAAGUGGCUGUUUGAGGAGUUCGCCAUCGACGGGCGGUUCUGCAUCAGCAUCCACGACGAGGUCCGCUACCUGGUGCGGGAGGAGGACCGCUACCGGGCUGCCCUGGCCCUGCAGAUCACCAACCUGCUCACCAGGUGCAUGUUUGCCUACAAGCUGGGCCUCAAUGACCUGCCCCAGUCAGUCGCCUUUUUCAGCGCCGUCGACAUUGACCGCUGCCUCAGGAAGGAAGUGACCAUGGAUUGUAAAACCCCCUCCAACCCGACUGGGAUGGAAAGGAGAUACGGGAUUCCCCAGGGUGAAGCGCUGGACAUUUACCAGAUCAUCGAACUCACCAAAGGCUCCUUGGAAAGACGCAGCCAGCCCGGGCCGUAGCACUGCCAGAGGCUCUGCAUUCGCUCCCGUGGAGCUUCAUCGGGUGGCCCAGGCGCCCGCACUCAGGCUCUCAGCUGUGCUGUCCUCAGGAGCAGGACCUGCCGGGAGCGACGGCCU